GACUGGAAAACAGGUAUGUCUUCAACUCUCUACUUUCUACUCUACUCAGAUGGUAUCUAGAGUAUUUACAGUACUGUACCAUAUCACAUUACCGUAUCACAUGUAUUGUAUUGCAGGGUGGCUAAUCCUCCUUUUGGAACGAAAGUGGUAGUUUUGUGAAACAUACCGUGAUUACGUAUAUUGAGAUGUUUCAGUACAGUGUAUGGUAUAUACAGUAAAGUACAGUAUAUACAGUACUGUAAAAAAGAAGCAAACCAAUAAUAAUUUGUGGUUGCAUUUUGCUAUAGAACGACUAGAAGACCUUCUGGGGUGGACGCCAAUGCCUGUUCACCCAACAGCAGGAACUUGCCAUUGUGGACCUAGUCAGAGCAAACAAUGCAAUCUGUCUCCAGCAGCUACGGCAACAAAUACUUGCAGAUAGGCACGUAUUCAACAACAUAAACCGAGUAAGCAUUACCACUAUAAGACGCAUCUUGGUAAAGCACAAAAUGACCAAGAAGCAACUGUACAGGGUCCCAUUUGAGAGGAACAGUGUCAGGGUCAAAGGACUUCAACGUGAAUAUGUACAGAGAAUCUUGGCCAUGGAUGGAGCUGCACAGCCUCAUGAAUUUAUUUACAUUGAUGAGGCUGGAUUCAACCUUAGCAAAACAAGACAACGGGGUCGUAAUAUAAUUGGCCAAAGGGCAAUUGUGCACGGCCCGGGGCAGCGCGGGGGAAAUAUCUCAUUGUGUGCCGCCAUAAGCCUUCGAGGGCUUCUGUACCAUCAUGCAAAACUAGGUCCAUACAAUACACAACAUAUCAUCUCAUUUCUAGAUGCUCUUCAUAAUAUAGCUGUACAGGACAGACCAGAGCAGCCCAGGUUUGUUGUUGUCUGGGAUAAUGUCAGUUUCCAUCGGGCUGCUCUGGUCCGGACCUGGUUCACCAACCAUAAUCAAUUUGAAGUGGUAUACUUGCCCCCUUACUCGCCAUUUCUAAACCCUAUAGAAGAAUUAUUUUCGGCUUGGAGAUGGCGUGUAUAUGACCGCCAACCACAUGCCCGCAUGCCUCUUCUGCAGGCAAUGGAACAGGCCUGCGGAGACAUUGAGGUGAGGUCAAUCCAUGGAUGGAUUCGGCACACAAGGGGAUAUUUCCCCGAUGCCUAGCGGGAGAAGACAUUGCUUGCGAUGUGGAUGAGAUCCUGUGGCCAGACCCCAACAGACGGCAGGAUCCAUAAGCCCACCUACAAAUGAUUGCCGUGUUUUUCUGUGUUUACAGUAUAGUGUAUUUUUGGUUUUAUUUUUGUUUUAUUUUUGCUCUAACUGAAUUUACAAUACUGUGAAGUACAGUACUGCAAUGUACUGUAUUGAGUAUUUGAUUUUUUGGUUGUUGUGAAAACGUGCCUUCUGUGGAACUGAAUAAAAACAGUGAAAAUUAAAGACUGCAGUGUUUUAUAUAAAGUAGACUAGUGUGUUGCUGCUGAUCUGAAAGUGUAUUCAUAUGAUGCAAGUGUGUAUCAUUUUGGCAUCAGAGUGACGUUUUGACAAAGGAUUGUUAGGUUUUCAUAGCAGAGUUUAGGUUUCGAUAGCAGAGUUUCAAUUUGACAUGGAUGUGAAUGGUUUAUUUCCCAGUGUUGUGUCUUAUUUGCUUGUGUGUAGAGUUUUGACACAAUGAGCAAAGUUUUGCAAAACGUGUUCAAGCAACGGGCAAAAACUGUAACGUUUUUUAAACUGCAGUAAGUAUAACAUUACAACACUGCUGUUUCACCUGAUGCAAUAAAGGAACAGCCAUGUUUAUUUCAAAGCAAGAUUACAUUUAACUUGGAGAACACCUUGGAAAUGGAUCCUUUUUCAUCCGGCUCCUUUGUUCUUCCCUACAGGUGGCAGAUGCCAGUGAUCUGGAAGAUUCUAGAAGGUUGCAGCAGUGCACCCUAUCCAUGUUAUACACUAUGGUCACACUGUGUCGGUGAGGCGGCGAGUGGGAGAAAAGUUUAAACUGGUGGUUGAUUCGUUGCUCAGUGGAAUAUUUAGGAGUGAUUCCACACUCUCUGCAACACCUCCAGUGUUGGUGCAGUCUUGAAACUUACAAACCAACUGUCUCCAAUUAGUUAAAAAUCAGAAGUGCUUCAAGGACUCAACGGGUCGGGCAGUUUCUCUGUAAUAUGUGAAUGAGAGAUGUUUCGAGUUGGAACCUUUCUUCAGACUAUUUGUAGUGGGGAGAGAAAGCUGGAAAAGAGGUGGUGGUGGGAUAAAUGCUGGCAACUGAGAGGGGAACACAGGUGAGGGGGGGUUGUGAUUGGCAGAUGGGUGGACAAAGGGCAGAUAUGAAAAGACAAAAAAUCCAUAAAAUAACAUAAAAGAAGUGAAAUAUGAAG